GAUUGAGUGCUGCCCGAGCUACAGCUGACGGAUACUUCAUACUGCCGAGCGCGAAGAUAUAAAGCCUGACCCAACAUCAAACUGUCUUCAUUUCCCCACCAUGGCCUCCCAAAAUCAUACUCAAUACGUGCUCGCUGAACGUCCGAAGGAACAUGUCCUCGCAACGACGUUCAGGAAAGAGACUGUGCCGACACCACAGCCAGGAGAAAAGCAAGUCCUCGUCAAGGUUAACUAUUUGAGUAUGGAGCCUGCGAUGAGAGGGUGGUUGAAUGACAGGCGUAGUUAUAUUCCUCCAGUUCAAAUUGGUGAAGUCAUGCGUGCUGGUGGGUUAGGAACUGUCGUUGCUGCUGGACCCAAUUCAAAAUUCAAGACCGGGGAUAUUGUCACUGGUCUCCUCGGCUGGACCGAGUUCGCAUUGCUUGAUGACAAGGGCUUGAGUACGAUCGAUGUACCACCAAGAGCGGAGCUAUUGGAUUUCCUUGGCAUUCUCGGGACGACAGGUCUAACUGCGUAUUUCGGUCUCCUCGACGUCGGCCAAAUCAAACCUGGCGAAACCCUCGUCGUCUCAGGAGCAGCAGGCGCCGUCGGCUCCAUCGUUUGUCAAAUCGGUAAAAUCAAAGGCGCCAAAGUCGUCGGCAUCGCAGGUGGUGACGACAAAUGCACUUGGCUCAAGAAUGAAAUUGGUAUCGACGUUGCGUUGAAUUACAAAAGCGAGACGUUCCAUGAAGAGUUUAAGAAGGAUGUGGGGUAUUUUGAUGUGUAUUUUGAUAAUGUUGGAGGAGAGAUUUUGAAUUUUUUGUUGACGAGGAUGAAUAAGAAGGCUAGGAUUGCGCUUUGUGGUGCUAUUUCUGAUUAUAACAAACCCGUUCCUGAUGGCUUAACAAGCUACCUAAACCUCAUCUCCAUGUCUGCCAAGAUGGAAGGUUUCAUUGUUCUGAAUUAUAAAGAUCAAUGGCCCGCAGGAGUCGCCGAACUAGCAAACUGGAUCGCAGAUGGCAAGCUCAAACGUCGAUUUACAAUCGUACAUGGACUUGAGAAAGCAUACGAUGCGAUGAAUAUGCUGUUCACUGGUGGAAACACCGGAAAAUUGAUUGUGCAGGUAGCACAGCACGAGCAGAGCAGACUCUGAAACUCACAUGUACAACUGGAACCUGGUUCCGAUUCCGAUAAACAAAAGGAUCUUCUUGUAUUCAUAAGGCAUCACAACAUUAACAAAUACACAUUUAACAUUCGAC